AUGUCGGUUAAAAGGGACGGAAACGGCCUGAGGGGACUGGCUUCCCUUUCCGUCGUCAUCACCCACGUUGCGCGCGCCUUCGAUACCGAUCUCUUUAACCCCGCCGUGUCCGAGAAUGGCGCGACUCGCUUUCUACAAUGGCCGCUUAUCCGCGUGCUCAUCCAGGGCCGCAUCGGCGUGGCCAUCUUCAGCAUGGUCACGGGCUACGUGUGCGCCCUGAAGCCCAUCCGCCUCAGUCGACAGGGGAACUGGGAGGCGGCCCUCAAAUCGCUGUCGAAAUCCGCAAUCCGCAGGGUUCCGCGUUUCGUUCUCCCCACCACCGUCGCCACGUUGCUCAUAUGGCUCGUCGCCCAGUUCAACGCCUUUAAUGUUGCGAAACACUCCGGGAGCGAUUGGACUGUUCGAACGAGCCCGCCGAGUCUUCCCACCCUCUGGCAGAGUUUGAACGAUCUCUGGAUCAACAUUAUCAAGACAUGGACGGAGAACUACAACUCCUACGACCCAAAUCAAUGGACCCUCAUGCCGCUGCUUAAAGGCAGCAUGAUGCUGGCUGCCAUGACUAUGUGGUGGUAUUAUUACCUGGACAACGAUGCCCCUUUUGGUAUGCAGUUCUUCUGGGGUGUCUUCCUCGCCGACUUUCAAAACCUCCCCUUUGCAAAUAACAUCCUUACCGCUCGACCCAUCCUUUGCCGCGUCAUCUCCGUCCUAUGCAUGGCUGCCGGCUUUGCCAUCGCCUCUCUUCCCGAAUAUAAUACAGAGUGGACUGCAUGGUCCAAUAACCUGCGUAUCCUACUCGACUCUGUUCUUUACCCCGGCUCAGAUUACGCUCGCUUCAGCACCACGUUGGGGUUGCACCUCAUCUCCCUUGGCAUACACUUUAGUCUGUCUCUGCAAAGCUUGCUGAGCAACAAAUAUUUCUUGUGGUUAGGGAAGCAGUCGUUUGCCGUCUACCUCCUCCACGGGCCAAUCCUUCGAACUGUGCUAUGCUGGAUGCUUUUUGGCUUCAGCGUCCCCGCCGACCACGUUAAUGACGAAGGCGAGACGGUACCGACUAAUUUCGAGCCUGUGGGUGGGCUAAGACUUCUCAUUUGCUUCGUAAUAUGGCUCCCGCUCAACUAUGCGGCUGCUAUUGCUUGGACCAACUACAUAGACCCAUGGUGCGCACAGGUAACGGAGAAGUUUGUCGCCUACGUCAAGGAGGACACGGACGGGCUUCUCGGGGUGGAAAGGCGGCCCAAGGCAUUUGAUCCGAGAGCAAAAGCAGGAGAAAGCUCUUCAAUAGCAUAG